AUGCUGUAUUCCGCGAUUGAUGAGAUUGUCGCAGAGAUUGGAAAUACAGAAAUUAUUUCUACAGAUGACGAAGAGCUCAAGACGCACGGCUACUCUGAAUGGUCAUCAGUCAACCCCGAAACCCUGCCUGUCGCCGUCGCCUACCCACGCAACACCGAGGACGUGGCCACCAUUGCGCGAAUCUGCCACAAGCACCGCGUGCCUCUGAUCCCUUACUCCGGCGGUACAAGCCUGGAGGGCAACUUUUCCGCGCCCUACGGCGGCGUCAGUGUCGACUUUGCCCACAUGGACCGGAUCCUCCAGCUCAACAAAGACGACAUGGACGUGGUCGUGCAGCCCAGCAUAGGAUGGCAGGACCUGAACCGAAACCUGGCCGACGCGGAGGCGGGGCUCUUCUUCCCGGUGGACCCCGGCCCGACGGCCAAGAUUGGCGGCAUGAUCGGGACUAACUGCUCGGGCACUAACGCGGUGCGGUACGGCACGAUGAAGGACUGGGUGAUUAACCUGACGGUGGUGCUGGCGGACGGGCGGAUCAUCAAGACGCGGCGGAGGCCGCGCAAGUCGUCGGCUGGGUAUAACCUGAAUGGACUGUUUGUGGGCUCAGAAGGGACGCUGGGCAUUGUCACUGAAGCCACGCUGAAACUCGCCGUCAUCCCCGAGACGUACUCUGUAGGCGUCGUCUCGUUUCCGACGAUUCGCGACGCAGCGGCCGCUGCAGCGGGCGUCAUGCAGGCCGGCGUGCCCAUCAACUGCCUGGAGAUUAUGGACGACGUACAGAUGCGCGUCGUCAACCUGAGCGGCAGCACGGCCCCGCGCACGUGGAAAGAGUUGCCGACACUCUUUUUCAAGUUUUCCGGCUCCCAGGCGAGCGUCGCCGAAAACAUUUCCACCGUGCAGGCCAUUACGGCGCGCAACGGCGGCGCGGACUUUGCGUUUGCCGAGGACGAGCGGGAGCAAAAGGUGCUGUGGUCUGCGCGGAAAGAGUCGCUGUGGUCGAUGCUUGCCCUGCGAAAGGACGGCCAAGACGUCUGGAGCACCGAUGUCGCUGUACCGCUCAGCCGCCUCGCUGACCUGAUUGAAGUGAGCAAGAAGGAAAUGGACGACUUGGGCAUGUUUGCGAGCAUACUCGGCCACGUCGGCGACGGCAACUUUCACGAGAGCAUCAUGUACAAUAAAAGCGACGCCAAGGAGCGCGACAAGGUGGCGCGCUGCGUCGAUAACAUGGUAAACCGCGCGCUCAACAUGGAGGGUACGUGCACGGGCGAGCACUCGAUUGGUUGGGGCAAAAAGGCGAGCCUCGUCAAGGAGGUCGGUCAGGAGACGGUGGAUGUCAUGGCGACUAUAAAACAGGCGUUGGACCCGAGAUGGAUUUUGAACCCGGGCAAGAUUAUGGAUGUGCCGUGGAUGCCAAAGGAAACGCACGUGGUGACGGCGGAUGUGCCUGUGACGCCGAUUCGAAAGGCGGGAAAGCAGAAUACUUUGGAGUAG